AUGACAUUUACAGCUGGAAACUACACCUUGGUCACGGAAUUUAUCCUGUUAGGUUUUCCAUCAUGCCCUGCGCUUCAGGUGGUUUUCUUCCUGGUGUUUCUCACCCUGUACGGCAUGAUCCUAGUAGGGAACCUGGGACUGAUGUUCCUAAUUAGAACGGACCCUCGCCUGCAGACUCCCAUGUAUUUUUUCCUCAGCAACCUCUCCUUCGUAGACCUUUGCUAUUCCUCGGUCAUUGUCCCCAAAAUGCUCACCAAUUUCCUCUCGUCGACCAAAUCUAUUUCCUAUUAUGGAUGUGCCUUGCAGUUUUAUUUUUUCUGCGCGUUUGCAGACACAGAAUCCUUUAUCUUAGCUGCCAUGGCAUAUGACCGCUACGUGGCCAUCUGUAACCCCUUACUGUACACCGUGGUGAUGUCUCGGGGCCUCUGCAUACGGUUGAUUGCCUUGUCAUACCUUGGAGGCAACAUGAGCUCCCUGGUCCACACGUCUUUUGCCUUUAUCUUGAAAUACUGUGACAAAAAUGUCAUUAAUCAUUUCUUCUGUGACCUCCCUCCCUUACUUAAGCUGUCCUGCUCAGACACCUCGGUUAACGAGUGGCUCCUCUCCACAUAUGGGAGUUCCGUGGAAAUCACCUGCUUCAUCAUCAUCAUCAUCUCCUACACGUUCAUUCUCCUCUCGGUCCUAAAGAUCCGCUCUACCAGCGGGAGGAAGAAAACCUUCUCCACCUGUGCCUCGCACCUGACUUCUGUGGCCAUCUAUCAGGGCACUUUGCUCUUCAUUUACUCCAGGCCCAGCUCCCUGUAUUCCCCCAACACCGAUAAAAUCAUCUCAGUCUUCUACACCAUUUUCAUCCCAGUGCUGAAUCCGUUGAUUUACAGCUUGAGAAAUAGAGACGUGAAAGACGCAGCCAAGAAGGCUCUAAAAUUUAAGGUAGAUUCUUCAUGA